AUGGGUAGAGGGAAGAUAGAGAUAAAGAGGAUAGAGAACGCAAACAACAGAGUUGUGACGUUCUCAAAGAGGAGGAAUGGGUUGGUGAAGAAGGCCAAAGAGAUCACGGUUCUUUGCGAUGCGAAAGUUGCUCUCAUAGUAUUUGCAAGUAAUGGUAAGAUGACUGAUUAUUGUUGUCCUUCCAUGGAUCUUGGUGCUAUGUUGGACCAAUACCAGAAGUUAUCUGGCAAGAAACUAUGGGAUGCUAAGCAUGAGAACCUCAGCAAUGAGAUUGACAGGAUCAAGAAAGAGAAUGAUAACUUGCAACUUGAGCUCAGGCACUUGAAGGGGGAAGAUAUACAGUCUCUCAACUUAAAAAACCUGAUGGCGGUAGAGCAUGCCAUUGAACAUGGCCUUGACAAAGUCCGAGACCACCAGAUGGAGUAUCUCAUGACGAAAAGGAGAAAUGAAAAAAUGUUGGCGGAGGAGAAUCGGCAACUCAGUUUCCAGCUGCAACAACAGGAGAUGGCUAUAGCUAGCAAUGCAAGAGGAAUGAUGAUGAGGGAUCAUGAUGGACAAUUUGGGUACAGAGUCCAGCCGAUUCAGCCAAAUCUUCAGGAAAAGAUUAUGUCGUUGGUCAUAGAUUGAUCAUUAGGGAUUUGCAAUCUCUUUUCCAAUCUACUAUCUAUUUAGUGGCCCUUUGUCUUUAUGAAUGUGUGUGUCUCUAUCAGACUUUUAUUUAGCUUAUGUGUGGUGUUCGCUUAUAAAACCUCUAUGUAUUUGGUUGUGUUGUAUGCCAAACUAAAC